AUGUCAGGCGUUGUCCUAUCCCUUCGAGGCGCCUGUAUCGAACAUUCCGAGAUGCCGCAUUACGUGCGGUUUCUGAAGCUGCCAAAGAUAGAGAGAGCCAGCAGUGGAUUGGGCAGCAUCAAGACGCUUGUUACGCUUACAACCGACUUAGGAGACUCGUUUCUCGCCGAGGAAGUAGAGCUUACGGCUUCUGUCCAUGUUGACAACUACGAUGACAGCUUUAAGUGCAUUAAACAGAAGAAAUUCUCCUGGCCGGCCGGAGCCCGUGAAGUGUCCGUAUCUAUUGACGGUAUUCGGCUUGAUCUGCGGCAGCAUGCUAUCCAGUUGCGUAUCGGGCCAGCAGACCACCAUGUUGGACCAGAUGAUGACUUUGCUGUCUUGUCGGCCAUCCCUCAACUGAUAUCGGCAUGGAGUCCGUCGUUCGGUGGUUCGGGGCCUUUACAGGCUGACAAGCUGGUUCUCAGACGGCUGAAGGCUCGGUGUCCUGCAGAGGUGCGAAUAUGGGAAGAGACUGGCAAUAACCUCGCAAGACAUAUCUGGUACGUAGGGUACAACGCAGGAUAUACCAAAAUGAUGACCAUGAUGAUCACUGGUGAUUCUAGCUAUCAGGAUGCUUCGCUCGCAUGGCUGAUGCUCUUCCAGGAGGCACUCACUCCGGUUGAAGAUGACCUAGCUAUGUGUCCAUUUUUCACGUUCAAGAACUUGCUUCGACGGAAGAACGGCAAGUCGCAUUUCAAUGUAAUUGAGCUGGGAGCCGGAUGUGGUAUUGUCGGAAUUGCCCUCGCUCAAUUCUUGACAGAAUGCUCGGUCCUCCUAACAGACCUAGAAGAGGUACGCGAGAUCGUUAGUCGUAACAUCAGCAUGUCUAAACCCGCGGCAGGCUCCACGCUUGACUUCCAAGUCCUCGACUGGAACGACAGCAUUCCUGGCAGCAUCUCGGGACGGCAGUAUGACAUUGUUGUUGUAUCCGACUGUACGUACAAUUCGGACAGCCUGCCUGCUCUGGUCGACACAAUGGCUGCGUUGGUCGAUUGGUCCCCACAGGCCAUCAUCAUCGUAGCGCUCAAAAGACGGCAUGAGAGUGAAGCUGUUUUCUUCGAGCUCAUGCGGUGUGCAAGUCUAGAUCUGUGCGACAAGGCUCGCAUCCGGCUACCUAGUGUCUACUCAGACGGCGAGACGGAAAGGGUAGAUAUCGAAAUAUACUGUUUUCGGUUAUCUUCCACCUCUCUACGAAAUGUGCGAUAA